CGCCGAGCCCAGGAGCUUCGAGUGGGUCCCCUGCCGCCCGUCGAUACGCCGAGGAGCCCGCGGUCAGCGCCGACGGCGAGGAGGAGGCCGCCGCCGUAGCCGCCCGAUACACAGUUUACGGCCGGAAGAAAGAACCCGGAUCAACUCGGCGGUGUAACCAAGAUCGCAUCGAUGGGUUCCCUCACAAGUUCUUGAAUGAUGAACUUGUGUGGCAGUCCAGUAUGCUCCAACCAAGAUGUACUCUCAUGCGCGUUCAAGGAAGUAUUCGACUCUUCCACUUGCAUGAAUCAUCUGGUGGCGACGGGCAUCGGCUUGCUACUCGUACUUGCGCUCGCACUCCAGCUGCUUAUCAAAAUCCCAAAGAGUGGAGCGUCUGCUCAAGGGCUCCUCGCACUCGGUUCACCGCUGCAGAUGGCUGCAGUGGUCUUCAGUGCCUGCCUGGGGCUGGUUUAUCUUGGCCUAGGACUGUCGAUGCUGGGAAAUGCUUCUGUUUACCUGCCACACCAGUGGCUUGUGACAUUAUCUCAAGGAUUCAGUUUGGUCCUUUCCAGCUUUGCUUUCAGCGUCAGGCCUUGGUUUCUUGGAGCUUCAUUUGUUCCACUUUGGUCGAUUCUGGUGGCCGUGUAUGCAGCAUUCGUAUGUUGUUCCUCGGUUGUUGGCAUUGUUGCAGAUAAGGCGAUCACCAUUAAGGAUUGUUUGGAUGUUUUAUCCCUUCCAGGUGCAUUUCUCUUCCUACUUUAUGGCGUUCGGCGCAGCCAUGAUGAACAGGGUCACAAAGCAACAGGAAAUGCUCUGUACAAGCCCCUGAACACCGAGGCAGAUAGCCAGAUAGCUGAUUCUGACACUCAGGUAACUUCUUUUGCCAAAGCUGGUUUGUUCAGCAAGAUGUCAUUUUGGUGGCUGAACCAUUUGAUGAAGCUGGGCUAUGAGAAGCCUCUUGAGGACAAGGAUAUGCCACUUCUACAAACCACAGACCGAGCACAUAACCAGUACUUGAUGUUCUUGGAGAAGCUGAGCAGCAAGCAGACCCAGUCAGAUGCCACACCAUCAAUCUUGUGGACUAUUGUUUCUUGCCACAAACGUGAGAUCAUGGUCUCGGGUUUCUUUGCUUUGCUCAAGGUGCUCACCUUGUCUACAGGCCCAUUGCUUCUCAAGGCAUUCAUCAAUGUAUCAGUCGGUAAAGGGACCUUUAAAUAUGAAGGCUUUGUGCUGGCUGCGACAAUGUUUGUUUGCAAAUGUUGUGAGUCCUUGUCGCAGAGGCAGUGGUUUUUCCGCACUCGGAGAUUAGGACUCCAGGUCAGGUCAUUCCUGUCAGCAGCUAUUUAUAAGAAGCAACAGAAGCUAUCAAACUCCGCAAAAAUGAAGCACUCUUCUGGACAAAUUAUGAACUAUGUGACUGUCGAUGCCUACCGAAUUGGGGAAUUCCCGUACUGGUUCCACCAAACUUGGACAACGAGUGUUCAACUUUGCAUUGCUCUAGCAAUCCUGUACAAUGCAGUUGGUGCUGCAACUGUUUCAUCAUUGGCUGUCAUCAUUAUCACUGUGAUUGGUAAUGCUCCGGUGGCCAAGCUGCAACACAAAUUUCAGAGCAAGCUUAUGGAAGCUCAAGACUUGAGAUUGAAAGCCAUGUCUGAGUCCUUAGUUCAUAUGAAGAUCUUGAAACUUUAUUCAUGGGAAGCUCACUUCAAGAAGGUCAUUGAGGGAUUGAGGGAGGUUGAGUAUAAGUGGCUGACAGCAUUCCUGCUUAGGAGGGCAUACAACAGUUUCUUGUUCUGGUCAUCACCUGUUUUAGUUUCGGCAGCAACCUUUCUAACAUGCUAUCUUUUUGGAAUCCCUCUUGAUGCUAGCAAUGUCUUCACCACUGUGGCAACUCUGCGUCUCGUGCAAGACCCAGUUAGAACAAUACCGGAUGUUAUUGCAGUUGUGAUACAAGCUCAGGUUGCUUUCACUCGGAUAUCAAAGUUUCUUGAUGCACCUGAGCUGAGUGGACAGGUUAGGAAGAAAUACCAUGUGGGCAUCGAUUACCCAAUAGCGAUGAACUCAUGCGGUUUCUCCUGGGAUGAGAAUUCAUCAAAACCAACUCUAAACAAUAUAAAUCUGGUGGUCAAAGCUGGAGAAAAGAUUGCAAUUUGUGGAGAGGUAGGAUCAGGAAAGUCAACGCUUUUGGCUGCUGUACUUGGAGAGGUCCCCAAAACUGAAGGCACGAUUGAAGUCUGUGGGAAAAUAGCAUAUGUUUCUCAGACUGCAUGGAUCCAAACAGGAACUGUACAAGAUAAUAUCCUCUUUGGAUCUUUGAUGGACAAACAAAUAUACCAAGCAACAAUUGAGAGAUGCUCAUUGGUCAAGGACCUUGAAAUGCUGCCAUUCGGCGACCAUACACAAAUCGGGGAGAGAGGAGUAAAUCUAAGUGGUGGUCAGAAGCAGCGUGUUCAGCUUGCUCGUGCACUAUACCAAAACGCAGACAUCUAUCUUCUUGAUGACCCUUUCAGUGCUGUUGAUGCCCAUACGGCAACAAGCCUCUUUAAUGAUUAUGUGAUGGGUGUUCUGUCAGACAAGACUGUUCUUUUGGUGACCCACCAAGUGGAUUUUCUACCUGUAUUUGACUCCAUUCUGUUAAUGUCAGAUGGGGAGGUUAUUCGGUCUGCACCUUAUCAAGAUUUAUUGGCAGAUUGCGAAGAAUUUAAGUACCUUGUAAAUGCACAUAAAGAUACUGUUGGUGCUCAAGAUCCUAACAGUAACCUUCCCUAUGGUGCAAAGGAAAUACCAACAAAGGAGACAGAUGGAAUCCAUGUAAACAGAUACAUAGAGUGUGUGGGGCCAUCACCAGUAGAUCAACUGAUCAAGACAGAGGAAAGAGAAUCGGGGGAUACAGGUCUUAAGCCUUAUAUGCUUUACCUGCGCCAGAAUAAAGGCUUCUUGUAUGCCUCUCUUUCUGUUAUGUCUCACAUAGUUUUCUUAGCUGGGCAAAUAUCCCAAAAUUCAUGGAUGGCUGCCAAUGUCCAAAAUCCUCAUGUUAGUACACUGAAGUUAAUUUCAGUGUAUGUUGGUAUUGGAGUUUGCACAAUGUUCUUUGUGCUAUCGAGAUCUUUAUUUGUCGUUGUUCUUGGCGUCCAAACUUCAAGAUCCUUAUUUUCCCAGUUACUCAAUUCAUUGUUUCGUGCACCUAUGUCCUUUUUUGAUUCUACUCCUCAAGGAAGGGUUCUUAGCCGGGUCUCUUCAGAUUUGAGUAUCGUUGACCUUGAUAUUCCAUUUGCAUUCAUGUUUAGCCUCAGUUCCAGCUUAAAUGCAUAUAGCAAUGUGGGGGUAUUGGCUGUUGUUAUAUGGCAAGUUCUGUUUGUAGCACUGCCGAUGAUAGUUUUGGUAAUUCAGUUGCAGAGGUACUAUUUAGCCUCAGCUAAGGAAUUGAUGCGGAUCAAUGGGACCACCAAGUCUGCUCUAGCAAAUCACUUGGGUGAAUCGAUCUCAGGGGCUAUAACAAUACGUGCCUUUGAGGAAGAAGAUCGUUUCUUUGCUAAAAAUCUGGAGCUAGUUGACAAGAAUGCUGGUCCAUACUUCUUUAAUUUUGCAGCAACUGAAUGGUUGAUUGAACGUCUGGAAAUAAUGGGUGCUGUGGUUCUUUCUUCUUCUGCCUUUGUGAUGGCUCUUCUUCCUGCAGGAUCUUUUAGCCCUGGUUUUAUUGGAAUGGCAUUGUCCUAUGGCCUUUCCCUAAAUAAUUCCUUUGUUAACACCAUACAAAAACAAUGUGACCUCGCAAAUAAAAUAAUAUCUGUGGAACGGGUGAACCAGUACAUGAACAUACAGAGUGAAGCGCCAGAAGUUAUUGAAGAAAACCGACCAGCACCAGAUUGGCCCCAAGUUGGCAGUGUGGAACUUAAAGAUCUGAAGAUUAGGUACAGGGAAGAUGCACCCCUUGUACUACAUGGUAUCACUUGCAAGUUUCAAGGUAGGGAUAAGAUUGGUAUAGUUGGUCGAACAGGAAGUGGCAAGACAACUUUAAUUGGUGCAUUAUUUCGCCUUGUUGAACCUGCUGAAGGGAAAAUAAUUAUAGACUCUGUGGACAUCAGUACAAUAGGCUUACAUGACCUGCGUUCGCGCUUGGGUAUCAUUCCACAAGAUCCAACACUUUUUCAGGGUACAGUAAGAUACAAUCUAGAUCCUCUUGGGCAAUUCUCAGAUCAGCAAAUAUGGGAGGUUCUUGACAAAUGUCAACUUCUUGAAGCUGUCCAGGAGAAGAAACAGGGAUUGGAUUCACUUGUUGCGGAAGACGGGUCGAACUGGAGCAUGGGCCAAAGGCAGCUCUUUUGUCUGGGCCGCACACUUCUGAAAAGGUGCCAGAUCUUAGUUCUUGAUGAAGCCACGGCCUCUAUAGACAACUCGACAGAUGCUGUCCUUCAGAAAACAAUCCGGACAGAAUUCAAACACUGCACCGUUAUUACAGUCGCACACCGUAUACCAACAGUUAUGGACUGUGACAUGGUACUUGCAAUGAGUGAUGGGAAAGUAGUGGAGUAUGACAAACCUGCGAAGCUCAUGGAAACUGAAGGAUCUCUCUUUCGCGAGCUGGUCAACGAGUACUGGUCAUACACAUCUAAUGGAAAAAUUUAGAAGAGAUUUUUGAUGGUGUGCUUGGUGCUGCUGCCUCAACAAGAGAAAACACUGGAUAUAGUCAUCGCUUGACAUACCUCAGAGGGAUUCAUCCAUUUGAGAUCUGAAGAAAAUACGGUGCCAUCUUUCAGUCGUUUCUCAGGAAAUGAUUUUGCUCUCUACAGCUACCUGAAACUUCGAGCUACAUACGGUUAGCCUAUGUUCGUUGAGUACACCGAGGCUGAAUGGAACAGAAAAGCAUACCUACCUAGGCGGUGCCAGUGCCGGUUCUGUUUUCUUUCUCUUUCGAAUAUGGUUCCGAUUUUUUAUUGUGAAUUUUUUCAUAAUACGUUAUGUUGACUCCAUUCAGACUAAGGUGAUGCUUUUCGAAUUAAUCCAGGUGAAUUGAAAAGAACUACCGUGAAUCAAGAUGUUGGAAAUUAA